AUGGUCGUAGCAGAGACAAAGCCCGAAAAGGCAGUUGAGGAGUACCAGGACCGGCAUGCACCAGACUACGCAGCAACAAUCGACCACGGCACAUCUACGUUCUCUCCUGUACCGAAAAGAGUCAUGAAUGGUAGCGAGCCCGGCGAUAUCACACCCGCCGCUGUGCUGUCUGGGGCGCCAGUUGAUUUGCAGGCGAGAGUUGUGAGAAUCCAUAAACCAGCCAAACCAGCAACACAGUCCGGCACAUGGGGCUCGAUGGCAUGGCGAAUGGACUGGGAUCCGCUGCCAAAGGGACACCGAUGGGAGAAUCCAUUGAUGGGCUGGCAGUCGUCGGGUGACUUUAUGCAGGGCACAAACAUCAAGUUCAAGUCCAAGGAGGAUGCUGUGAGAUUCGCGGAGAAGCAGGGCUAUGAAUAUUACGUCCAGGAGCCACAGGAGCGGAGGGUCGUGCCGAAGGCGUACGCGAACAACUUUGUUCAUGAGCCCGGCCCGUUGAAGCAUAUCAAGACGAAGUAG